UCUGUAGGUCCUCCCCACUCUAUUCCACUGAAUAACGCUGAAUAUCCAAUAUGGCAACUGCGAGGGUCGUGGCAUAACUUGCCGAUGAACAUGUUUUGAAAUAUCGCGAAAUUUGAGUUCUAAUAACGUGCUCAGAGGAUUAGGUUUGUAGACUAUAGUGUACGUGCGUAGUUAUUUAGGCGUACUCGGCAUUGUUCAGACAUCUAAACUGGAAUAACUGUACUAUAAUUAGGAGAUUUCAGAAAUAUGGGCAAACAAAAUAGCAAAUUGAAACCAGAAGUUUUGGAAGACCUCAGACAAAAUACAGAAUUCUCAGAUGCUGAAAUCCAGGAAUGGUACAAAGGCUUCUUGAAAGAUUGCCCAAGUGGUCAUUUAAGUGUAGAAGAAUUUAAAAAAAUCUAUGGAAAUUUCUUUCCGUAUGGUGAUGCAUCAAAAUUUGCAGAACAUGUCUUCAGAACCUUCGAUGCCAAUGGUGAUGGCACAAUUGAUUUUCGAGAAUUCCUAUGUGCACUCUCUGUUACAUCUCGAGGCAAAUUAGAACAAAAAUUGAAAUGGGCAUUCAGCAUGUACGAUCUUGAUGGAAAUGGCUAUAUUUCAAGACAGGAAAUGCUUGAAAUUGUAACGGCAAUCUAUAAAAUGGUUGGUUCCGUAAUGAAGAUGCCAGAGGAUGAAUCAACUCCAGAGAAACGAACCGAUAAAAUUUUUCGGCAGAUGGAUAAGAACAAGGAUGGAAAGUUGUCUUUAGAGGAAUUCAUUGAAGGAGCUAAAAGCGACCCGUCCAUUGUGCGACUGCUGCAGUGUGACCCUCAAGCUCAGUGAAAAGCAUCACAAACAAUUGAACAGUGUUGAUAUAUAAUCAGGUGUCAACAAUGACAGGGAAGUGAUUUUCAGCCUUCUGCUGAACAGCUGUACACAAAGGUUUGGUUCAAGAACUUGGGAUGUGUUUCAUUGUUUAGAACACUGUGGGGUGGAACUCUCUUGUAAAGUGCAUUGCUCAUUUCUUAUCAAAAUGACGUUAACAAUAUGGAGUCAAGAAACAAGAUGUGUCUUGUGUUUGUCAGUUGUUAUCAGGUAAAUAGUAUAUGUUGAAUAGAAUUACACAAGUUGUAUAUUUUUAGCCCCUUUUGUGAUUUGCCAUACUAAACACUUUACAUAAUCAACUUGCCAUCAGGAAAGAAAAGAUUCAGUGUUGUAUUAAGCCUGGCAUACAGAUUGGAACAGAUCUUCAUUGAGAAUGAACACAACUUGUUUCUGCUCAUUACAUGUAGCAAUGCACUUAUGAGUUCUGCAGUUGAGUUGACCUUUCUGGUGUAGAAGUAUUGGAAAGGCAGUAUACUUAGAACAGUUUAGAACUUAUUUAAUUUCAAAAAGAAAGGAACAGUAUUGAAAUGUCUCAAGAAUAUUGCAGUUGAACUGUGUAGCAUGGUUAUCUAGCAUUUCUUCAUAAGCAUAUAUGAACUGAUUGAAUCACUGAGUGUGGGUGAGUUGUGCAGAUACAGACAUGUGUACAUAUUCAGUCUAAAAUUUCAAAUCAUUCAUUCACAGCACUUGAAUUCUCUUCAUUACAAUCUUGUUGACUUCAAACACAAAAUAUAAAGCGAUAUACAAGCUUGUACCAGUGUAAGUCUUGGCUUACAGAUCGCAUUUGUUUUUCUCUUACAUUUGUUUAAUUUUAUUACAAUUAAUAAAUUUUCUAUUGAAAUUUGGUGUGCUGUGUUAUUUGUUGUUGUAUUUAGCUCUUUCACUUAUAACCUUUUGCAGAUAUUUUGCAUAUUUUUGUAUAUUGGUGAGCAGAAUAAAAUAUAUCAUUUUAUAUAUUACAGCUACAUCUCACCUUAACAAAUUCACUUUCAGUGUUGGGUAAGAUAUUUUAAAAGUACAGUAUCUUCAUACAAUCAGUGAUUCCAAAAAAAGUUCAUUGAUUAAAUUUAUGAAUUUCUAAUAUUAGCCAAGGAAUAUAUUGAAUUUGCCUUCAAAAUUAAUAAUGUAAUAUUUAAAUACUUUCCUUGUCAAGGAAGGUUUCAGAUCUUUAAAAUAAUUAUUUAAAAUUAUUUCAUUUACUGUGCAUUUCCUUCGUUAAUGCUUCUCACUGUCCGUCUCUUUAAAGAUUUAAGGUGCUGUGAGAAAAAUUAUUGUGAUGGAAGAUAAUUGUAUAUCGAAUGUAUUAAUGUUUAAAGUUUGCAUUUUCUUGUGCUUGCUGUGGUGUUUAAAAAUAACUAGUGAUAAAGCGUGGUUACAACUAGUUAUUUUAUGGUUUUAUUAUUUUAUAAACUAAGGAUAUAAAAUUAGAAUGCAUUUGUUUAAGAAUGAAUAUGCUGACCUGGAAAGUAAUGUCAUUAGAAGUAUUCCUGACUGAAAAUAGAUGGAUUAAUUUAGUUUAUAUUAGGAUUACAAAUGUUUCAAGGAGAUACAUUUAUUUAGAUUGAAACAUAUUUCAUUGUUUGUUCAUGAUAUGCCAAUGUUGCUGUCAAAACUGUGAUGAACUAAUAAUGAAAUUGUCAUUAACAGUUGCAUUCAUUGCAUAAUAUCUUUACUGUGAUCUUUACUGCAGGAAUGUUCACAGUAUUUUUGAAAUAUUGAAACUGAAAUUGUUGUAUUUGUGAUGUUAGUAAUUAUGUAAUAUUACAUAUUACCAUGUUUUACAUGCAAUGCAAGCUGAUAGCAGUGGGAACAAAUUUCAAUAUGUAAUUUAAACAUUUUUUCUUAUUAUUUGGGUAUUCAGAGAAUUUACAGGCAACUUGUGUAAUAAAAAAUUUAAAUCUUUCGUAGCUGUUUUUGUAUUUCAUAAAUAUAUGUGUACGCAACUUUCUACAUACACACACAUGCACACGCACAUGUAUGUAUGUAAAUACAUUUAUGUGUGUAUAUAUAUAAAUGUAUAAUGUUUUUACAUGUACAUAAAAAUGAUCAUACCCAACACUAGUAACUCAGUGAUGAAAAGACAAUGAGUUCAUUAAAAUAGUGUUGAUAGAAUACUAUCAAAUACAGUUUCAUAAAAAAUGCUCUCCUUUGUAAUAUAACCAUUGGUGGAGUGCUUGAAACUUAAAAUGUGCUAGAAAUGUGACUCAUUUGUGGUGCUGCCACACAGCUUGGGUUGUUACAAUUUAUGUACCAUCUCAGCCUAAAUAUUAUUUAUGCAUAGGAAAUGUGUUAACUAGUGUUAAUUUGCUCAAAUUGAACUCCUGCAAUAAUAUUUCAUCACAAAACAUGCUCUAUGUGUGUGUUCACUGUCUUUGUUAACUUUAAGUUAAGUGUUACUUGAAAGAUCAAUUUGACAAUCACAUAAUUCAGUUUAUAUUGUGUCAAGUGUAUUCUUGAUAACAAUAUACAUCCCUUGUAUCCACUAUAAGUUUUUACCCACUAUGAAAUUGACUACAGUGGUUUAUUCUUUACCAAGAAUUACUAUAACACAGUGUAGUGUACUGUACUAUAUUGUACAGUUCUGUACCAAACCAUUUUGUAAUGUGAUGGUAUCUUAAGUAUUGUACAUUCAUUAUCGAGUGCGUAAAAGAUUGUGAAAAAAUUCCAAGUUGUGAUCCUUGAUAUUCAUGAAACAUUACUAAUAAAAAUCAGAGAGUACCUAUUUAUUUUACCAUUUCAAUUAUUUUAAUUUUUUUUAUUAUAUACUUAGUUAUAAUUACAUUUUUUCUUUCUUCCCUUUUAUGUACUAUUUGCAUGGCAUUUUACAAGCUUCAAAUUGAAAUUACCAACCCACGCUGCUGUAGCAGAUAAUAGCUAUUGUAACGUAGCUUGUUUGCUACUAUUUUAUCAUAUUUUCAAUAUUAUCUUAAUCUUUUUUAAUAAUAUUUCUAAACAUAAUUUUUUUCUGCUUUAUUAUAUAUUUAUUCCAUGAUUUAUUCAUUGAUCAUUAAGUUCAGUUCUCAUUGUGAAUUAAUACAUCUAGAAUUUCCUAAUAUGAAAAUGAAUUUAUUACCUUUUUAUUGUCUUUCAUUAGACCGCCUUAAAAUAUGUUGUUGAAAGGUGUGACAAAAUGUUUUUGUGGUAUUAUUUUCAUUUCUUUUCCUUUCAUUUUCUGUUUCUGAUUUAAAAUGGUGUGUCUUUGCAAGCACGCAGCUAGAAACUUCACACCUCAUCAUCUUGACUUCCUCUUCUGUGCCUUCAUUUUUUUUCUUUUUCUUCCCUUUCUUUCUUUCUCUCACAAUGUUCAUGUACUUUGCUUGUCUUCCUUCUCAGAUUACUCCUUUAUAAAUUCCAAUUUUUAUGGUGGAUUGAGACUUAGAAUUUGUAUUAUGCUCAAUAUAAAAGAUGUAUCCUCUUAUUCUAAAGUUACCUGUAUCUGAUAGUUAUUUAUACUCUUUUUGAAACACAAUAGUGACCAUAAUAUACUACACACACUAUAGGAGAUACUGAUUCAUUAAUGUGGUUUCUGUCUUAAUUACUUAUUAUUUCUGAAAUUGGUAUCAAAAUUUAAAUAUUCUGAUUAGAUGUAUUCUUAGUAUCUCUCAGGUAUAAAUACCAGAAAAAUUAAAGGAUUUCAACAGUUUUACUUCCUUUUUAUUAUUUUAUUAAUUGUCACAUCUGUCAACUCAUAUUAUCUAUCAUCCUUUCAUAUUUUCCGUUUCAUGUUUUUCUUUGAUUCCCAUUUUAUUUCCAUUCCAAACAAAUCACUUUUAAGACAAUAAAAUUCCAAUAAUCUAGCAUUGUUGUCUGUUCAAAGAAUUAUGUUUUAACAGUAUUCAUAAUUCAAUGACAGUCAUGCUGUAAGAUAUGGCUGAUAUAUAUAAAAUUGCGUGUGUGUUUGACAACACAAAUAUUUCCCUUAACCUUACUCACAUUUUGUAAUGUUUUUUUGUUGUUUUUUCUACAUUAAUUGUGAUAAAUAUUUGAAUAUUAUGUAUAGGACUUCCCGGCCCUUUCUUUUACCUGCAAAUAUUUUCAAAUAAUUUCUUAAAAAAUUGAUUCCACUUGUAUCUCCUUAUCUUCUUUUUAUUCUUAAAUUAAACACAAUUCAGUCAAAAUAACUGGUACUUUUCAACAUGUGGCUGAUAUCCGAAUGGGCAUAUCAGUAAUUUUUGUGUGGAAAUCAUAAUUUUGUGAAACCUUUGCAAUUAAAUUUAUUAUUAUUACUUCUACUAUUGCUAAAAUUAUUAAUUGCUGAUGUUAUUAAAAUUACUGGGAAUUCCACCACCAUUGGGAAACCCUGAGAUACUCUCUGUAACACUCAAUCUUCCUCUUCAAAAGAUGUGAAAAUGUUCCUUUGUUUAAAUACCUUAGAUUUGUUAGCCUUAUGCAUAAAAUGGAGAAGAGCAUUAUGAUUUGCAAGAGAUAAAAUUUCUAGCAUUGAUUUAAAAAAAGUUCUAGCUGUUAUUUUGUGACAACACGCAAUUUUAAAAUAACUUCAAAGUAAUUUGGAUUAAAUGGAGAUCUGACUGAAUGGUACAAUUUUGGUACACCACUUAAUAAUUUGCAAAAUUUUAACAUUCUCAUUUUAAUAAUAA